UAUAACACCACACAGUUACAUUUAUACGUAACCUUUUUGUUCAGAAAAACAAAAAGACAGCGAAGAUAGAUCAUAUCAUACAAUACACAAUCAAAAUCUUGCAAAACUAAGGUUUAAUUAAUUUUUGCAGCUUGUUGAAUUUGUAGAUAUAAAAUCUCACUCUCUUCUGAUUUUAAAGAAGAGAGUGAGAGGAAUUUAUUUUAAUUUUUUUAUUAAAUAAUAAAGAAGAAAUGGAGUAUGAAACGACAAGUAGUUGGAUAUUGGAAGGAAUGUAUCACUACCCACAUGUAUUUGGGGGCUUAAUGUUAACAGCAGCAUUGCUGGGUUUAUCAACAAGCUAUUUUGGUGGAAUUGGGAUUGCUACUUGUUUCCCUUCCUAUAUGUGUUGGGAUCUUGGUGUUUUCUGCAAGAAGAAAUACGAUAGCAAGAGGCGUAUUCGUGUUUACAUGGAUGGUUGCUUUGAUCUCAUGCAUUAUGGUCAUGCUAAUGCUUUGAGGCAAGCUAAAGCUUUGGGUGAUGAACUUGUUGUUGGUGUUGUUAGCGAUGAGGAAAUCAUUGUCAAUAAAGGUCCUCCUGUUUUGCCCAUGGAAGAGAGGCUGGCUCUUGUCAGUGGGUUGAAGUGGGUGGAUGAAGUUAUAGCUAAUGCUCCUUACGCCAUUACGGAGCAAUUCAUGAACAAACUUUUCAAUGAGCAUAAGAUUGACUAUAUUAUACAUGGUGAUGAUCCUUGCCUGCUCCCUGAUGGAACUGAUGCUUAUGCAUUGGCCAAGAAAGCUGGACAUUACAAGCAGAUUAAGCGUACUGAAGGAGUCUCCAGCACAGAUAUUUUAGGAAGGAUACUUUCUGCCAACAAUGCAAAAGUGUCUGAAGGUGAUGGUGAGAAUUUGUAUGUGCCCAAAGAUGCUUCUAAGGGAAAUCAAUGCAACAAUGCUCAUUUAUCUCAAUUUCUACCAACAUCCCGGCGAAUAGUGCAAUUUUCAAAUGGCAAGGGACCUGGACCAAAUGCUCGUGUUGUGUACAUUGAUGGGGCAUUUGAUCUCUUCCAUGCCGGACAUGUGGAGAUUCUCAGGUCUGCUAGGCAGCUUGGAGAUUUUUUACUGGUUGGGAUCCAUACUGACCAAAUCGUGAGUGAACACAGAGGGAAGCACUAUCCAAUUAUGCAUCUGCAUGAGCGUAGUCUUAGUGUCCUGGCUUGUCGUUAUGUUGAUGAAAUCAUCAUUGGUGCUCCUUGGGAAGUUUCCAGAGACAUGAUAACAACUUUCAACAUCUCUCUGGUUGUGCAUGGGACUGUUGCAGAGAGCAAUUCCUUGUUGUCCGAUACAUCUGAUCCCUAUGCAGUUCCAAAGAGCAUGGGAAUGUUUCGGGUUCUUGAAAGCGCUAAAAAUAUAACUACCAGUUCUGUGGCCCAAAGGAUAGUUGGCAACCACGAGGCUUAUAUGAGGCGGAAUGCAAAGAAGUCAAAAAGUGAGGAGAAAUACUACGCAGAGAAGGUGUAUGUAACAGGAGAUUAGUAAUUAAAGAUAGAGUAUGUCUGGAGAGAUAAUUAAGCACAGCUGCCUUACCAUAUCAUAGAAAUGCCUAUUUAUUUGUUCAAUUUGAAUGGCGCGGAAAGAAGGGGAUGGAUAUUUUGAUUUUGAUGUAACAUUAAUUCAGUGUAGGCAAACUUGGAUGAAAUUAUGUGGUGUUUAGCUUUCCACUGCUUUUGACACCAAUGUUGUAACCUUUUUGUGUAGUAUUCUCUCUUUUUUCCUCCAUAA